AUGGAGCCGCUUCCAGGCGGCGUGCCGACCAUCGCAGGCAGGACACCCAUUGCUUGCCAAAACUGCGCCAACGCGAAGACGGGCUGCGACAAGAGAGUACCGUGUUCGAGAUGUGCGGAGAAGAACCUGCCUUGUGCUGCCCGGUUUGCACGACGCUCGUCCAAGGCCGCGAUACGUGCUGCGCAGGCAAGCGCAGCGUCCCCGGGGCCGCCGCUUGUUCAAUCGCCACAGCAGAUGCAGCAGCCUCAAACGGUCAACCCUUCUUUUAUGGAAAUAGACCAGGCCUCGACAAAGGUGGAGGCCGGAAAGUCGCCAACAGUGGUCGAGGCUGUCAUCAAAGUAGACAGCCACGCCCCUUCGGAAGGCUCACCAAAGAGGAGCUCGCCACCGCACUCGCACGUCAGCCCGACGGAGUUUCCAUCGCCACACACACGCAUAGAAAGCCUAGACGAAUUCAUCCAGAUCGGCAACGAGUUCGUAGGCCCAGAGUCGUCUUACCAGGACCUCCUGGUCUGGCCCGAGUACUCGAUGGAUCUCGAAAUGUACCCGUCCACAAUGCCGUUGACGAGGACGGACAUGUCAAUGCCGGCCUUCACUGAGCUCAGCGACAUGUCGGGAUCGGAGCCAAUGACAGCAUCGUCGUCGCGGGGCUCAAUACACACGCGCGGCACCAGCAUCAUGUCUUCGAGCGAUUUCGACAACGGGAUGAAGUCGGCCGAGCUAACCAUCACGGUGCCCACCGACAGUCCCAUUCCCGACUUUGAGGUAGUGAUUGUGGCCGAAGGGGCGUGGAACCUGGCGCGAUGUAACCCGCCCAUGUACACAGGGACGUGCCCGCGGACGGCCAUUGUGCACCUCGAGUGUUUGGAGCAGAAGUCGAAGGAAGAGGGCACGUGGAGCUCGCUGGAAAAGUACCUAGACCAGACGGACUGGGACGCUUCUGAUUUGGCCUCGGUGGUGCCGCUGACAUCACGCACACGUGACAAGAUGCUGGCCAUCACGCAGAGCUUCCUGCACAAGGCGCUCGAGAUUCACCGGGGCGGCAUCAACGGCUAUCCCAAGGCGGGCUAUGCCAGCCCUGGCGACUUUAACUUCAUUGUGCUGCCCCCGUCACGCAUCCUCGAGUACUUUUUGCGGAGCUACGUGCGAAGCUUGUCGGUUUACUACCCUCUGGUCAUGGCUGGCUGCGUCGACCCCAAUGAAAUGUUGCAGAACAACCAGGCGUCAACUCUACUCGUUCUGCUCAUGAUUGCCCAGGGCGCGGCGGCCAUGCCCAUGGCUGAGGCGAGAUAUCUCUCGGCCGGCCUGACAGAAACAUGUCGAAUCUCGCUGUUCGAUAUUGUUGAAAAAGACGUUGAGCUCUCGGCAGAUCCCAUCGCCUUGCGGUGUGCGCUUCUGUUUAUCGUGCUUGGCGCUUGGAGCGGCGACAAGUGGCUGAUGGACAUAGCUAUGGGUCAGCGGGGAAUGUACAUGUCGAUGCUGAAACAUGCUGGCAUGCUGGAGCCCCAGCAGUCCAUGAUUCCGGCCUUUAACAGUUCGACUAGCACUGAACUUCAGUGGCGCUCGUGGUUACAACGCGAAAGCCAAAACAGGCUCGUUUAUAAUUAUGUCAUGCUGGAUCAGGAACUCAGUCUUUUCCAUGAUGCGGCGCCUUUGUUUGCUAUCACCGAGCUUCGGUGCCCUCUUCCGGGGCCCGAAGUACUCUGGAUGGCAUCAAACGCCGAGCAGUGGCUGGCCGGCAUCCAGUCCGUCUACGGCUGCACUGCGAAUGUAAAUCCCCAGCUUCUCACCGCGCCAUCCCUUACACCCUCCUUGUAUGACCUGUUCCAGGACUUUCUCCAUGACAGUCUCCCAAGGAGGCAAGGCAAUCUCUCACCACAGCAGCUCAGGCUGAUUUUGCACCCGCUGCAGUCGCUUCUCUGCCACCUCCGCCAGAUACUCUCCUGUUUCUCGGAUGUUCCCUUUUCACGGCUCAACGGCGCGAGGACAGUGACAAAGUCUUCGACCAUGCUGCGGCUAGAGGAAGUGCAAGCGUUGCUACAGAAGUGGUACGAGCUUACUAUGACGUACUACAAGGCCAACCCGAAUUGUCCCAUCACGCGCUGCAACCUUGUUCUGUACCAUCUCAUAUCUCUGAACGCCGUCACCAACUUCCCCGAGGUCGAGCGUCUGGCUCGCCGCGAGGGCUUUGAUGGCUCGUACUGGGAGCUCUCGCUCCGGUACAGACGCUGCAUCUCGCAGCGCGAGGAGGCCAUCUUCCACUGCGGCCAGGUUUUCCGCCUCUUGAGGCUCAUGCACAACAACCGCCGGCCCAGCUGGUGGUCAGCGGCCAUGUACCGCGCGACUCUGAUACUCUGGGCGGACAGCAUUUCCAGGCUCGAUCCCAACUUCCAGACCGACAAGCGCGAGAACCCCGGGACGGGAAGCACAAAGCCGGUUGCCAUCGACCAGGUCACGCCCGAGGACCCGGCUGUAAUUUCAUAUCUCUGGAGCGGGGACGGCGAGGCCGUUCUCACGCAGCUCGACGGCUCAACGGUCAGCCUGGACAAGCCGGGCGACGUCUUGGUGUAUGCCGCCAAGAACAUUGAGGCUGGCUUCAGCUCGCGCGUGGGAGACGGCAUUAAGCGCAAGCUGAUGACUUUGAGGAACAACUGGAGCGUCAACACCAUGGGGGCGCCGCCAUCAUGA